UAUUUAUAACUAAAAAGUAAGUAAUGAUAUCUGAAGAUAACCAAAACAGCUGUAAACAUUAUGAAAAAAAGUGCUCUCUUCUGACUCCUUGCUGCUCAAAACAAUACAGUUGUAGAAUAUGUCAUGAUGAAGCAGAAGACCACAUUCUUAAUCGAAGUACCGUUGAACAGAUAAUCUGCUCACAGUGUCAUGUGCAACAAGAGGUCAAGAAGAAUUGUUCAAAUUGUGGAAUUCUCUUUGGAAAAUAUUUUUGUUUGAAAUGUAGAUUAUUUGAUGAUAAUGACAAAAAACAAUUUCACUGUGAUGGGUGUGGAAUUUGUAGAAUUGGUGGCAGAGAAAACUUUUUCCAUUGUAAUAAAUGUGGAAUGUGCAUGGGGAUCAAUAUAAUGGACAGUCAUAGGUGUCUAGAGAAUGUUUCUCAUCGAAAUUGCCCAGUUUGUCUUGAGGAUGUACAUACCUCUAGAAGAGCUAUUCAUGUUCCUCCAUGCACUCAUCUUCUUCAUAGUAGUUGCAUGGAUGGAAUGUUUAAACAUGGGUUAAACACUUGUCCAGUUUGCAAUCAAUCAUUGGUUGAUAUGAAAUCCUACUGGUUACUACUAGAUAAUGAAAUUGCACAUACCAUCAUGCCUCCUAUUUAUCAAAAUUAUAAAGUUAAUAUUUUAUGCAGAGAUUGUCAUGAGAAAAGUAAUGUAUCCUUUCACAUCAUUGGCUUAAAAUGUAAAGAAUGUGGUGGUUACAAUACAACUAGAAUAGGCGGAGAUGAUCCUUUGCCGGAAGAGACAGCUGCAUCUCAAGUUGUUUAUGAAGCAAGUCAAUCAGAAGUUUCAGAAUUAGAAGAAUCUUGGGAAACAAUCAGCGGCGAAGAAGAUGAAAGCGACUCCAGAAAUAAUUUGACUGACCCUUCUUCGAAUCAAAUUUUAUUUACAGAAUCUUUAGACAAUAGCUACACAAUUAUUGGACAAAACCCAUUAAAUCAAAAUCCUCCAGAAUAGUUGAAACCUCCAGAAUAGUUGAAAUCUCCAGAAUAGUUGAAAUCUCCAGAAUAGUUAAAGCCUCUAGAAUAGUCUUUUUAGAAUUUUUUUUAUUAAUAGAAAUAUCUCAUUUUAAAAAUUGCUGUGUAUGUUUGCAUUUUUAUCAAUAGUCUUGUUCAUGUUCAUCUUUUUCCUGUCAA